AUAACUCCUCGACGUUGAACCGUGUAGUAUGCGGUGACACUGAAGAACCAAUCCACGACAGCAGUGAUAUGCGUUCGGAUGGGGUAUCCCACACCACGUCUAGCGAUGAUACAACCUCAGACUCUGUCUUGACGCCCCGAGCAGCGCUACAAGAUGUUGCUUUCGGCAGUCUAGCAGGAAUGGUCUCGGAAUUAUUCGAGUAUCCUUUUGACUUGGCAAAAGUUCGACUCCAAUCUCAAUUGUUGUCCGAUGGACAACCAACGUUCAAAGGACCGAUAGAUUGUCUUGUGAAGACAUGGCAGGAGGAAGGGGUUAGAGGACUCUAUAGGGGUUUGACAGUCCCAUUAGUUGGCUCGAUGGCAGAAACCGCUGCAAUAUUCCUCGCGUAUAAUUCGUUCCAAAACGCAAUUCACCGGUACUACGGAACAGGCUCAACAGCUCGGGAACCCUUGUCAAUAACACAACUAGGCAUCGCUGCUGCAGGGGCUGGCGCCCUCGGCAGCUUCAUCAUAACACCGAUCGAACUUGUAAAAUGCAAACUUCAAGUCCAAACGAUGUCUACCCACACACCGAGCCGAAUACCACCACUUCAAACGGUAUCACCAAAACUGCUCGCAGAAAUUAUGAACGGCAACACACCUACCUCACCAUUCCACCACACUAAAACAACACCGGGCCUUCCCCGUCAACCCCGACCUCCCUUUGACCCGCAUCUCAUGGACCAGAAUCUCAAAACGAAAAUUCAAUUCAAACCCGUGUUCCAUUCACCACCACCACUUGCUAAUGCUCCCGGUCCCAUUUCUAUCACUCGAUCCAUCAUCCAGAACCACGGACUUCGAGGACUCUGGCUAGGACACACCGGGACAGUCUUGCGUGACACGGGAGGUACAGCCGUUUGGUUUGCGACGAAGGAAUGGAUUGGGAGGCUUCUUCGUGAACGUCGUCGACACACAACCUCCCCUCAGAACCCGAACCCCUUAUCCCAAACACUUGUCCCUUGGGAAUCAGCUCUAGCAGGUGCUGUAGCUGGUGCGAUAUGUACUGCAGCGUUGUAUCCUGCUGAUACCGUAAAGAGCGCUGUGCAGACGGAGGAGGAGUUGCGGGAGUAUAGGAACCGUGGGGCGUCAGCCGCGAGGGAGUGGUCUGCGAAUCAUGGACAUCAUCCUCGUCAUCCUCAGGCGUUGAAUCCGAUAACGGGUGGCACUAGAAUGGACACUUCGGCUUCCUUGUCGAAAACUGAUAGCCAUCACCUCCGGGGGUCGAGUUAUACCAGGCCGUCUCCGUCUCCCGUUAUCCGGACAUCCCUAUCGUCGUUGAUACCUAAGAGCUCGUUUGUGCAAACGUUCAUUAAGAUAUACUCUUCGCAUGGUUUACAAGGACUCUAUUCUGGGUGCGGGAUGACGAUGGCGCGCGCGAUUCCUAGUAGUGGGAUUGUUUUUGUCGUUUAUGAUGGACUAAUGGCGUGGUUGGGGUAG